GUUUCGCGGAUUUUUUAUUGUGAGCAAAUGAGUUAUUUUAGUUAUUAAAGUUUUAACGUUAAGUAUCUUUGAGAUAUAUUUUAUCAUGUAACGUUAUUGCUAUGAUUGUUUGAUUUAAUGAGUUGCAAUCAAGGUUCAAACUCAAACAACAGAAAAUGGCAGAACGACCAGAGGACUUCAACCUCCCAAACAGUGUAAUAACAAGGAUUGUGAAAGAUGCACUACCAGAUGGGGUAAAUGUUUCAAAGGAAGCAAGAUCUGCCUUUUCAAAAGCUGCCAGUAUUUUUGUUUUGUAUGCAACAUCUUCUGCCAACAACUUUGCUCUUAAAGCCAAAAGAAAAACACUUUCAGGAAACGAUGUGUUAACUGCAAUUGAAGAUAUGGAAUUUGAAAAUUUUCUGGAACCCUUACAGGAAAGUUUAGAAGCUUUUAGAAAAGAAAAGGCUAAAAAGAAUGAGUCAGGAGGAAAGGGCAAGAAAAAAAGGCCAGAAUCUGAUAAACCUGAUGUGGAAGGUGGUGAUGAAGAACAAGAAGUGGAAGAGGAUGAUGAUUUGAAUGAAGAAAAUCAGAAUUCUGAUGGAAAUUGAUCAAACUUGAAAUAAGUCAUCUCAUAAGCUGUAAAAUCAUCACAAUAAUGCAUCAUCUUGCCCCCCCCCCAAGUUUACAUUAUGCAUACAUGAAACAAAGCGAUUUUUGUAAAAAAAAAUAAAAUCAAAUGCUAUUUGAAAA